UAAUAUGACUGUUAUUUAGUAUUAAAAAUAAGUCGUGAACAGUUUUUUAUACUCUUAAAAAAUGUAUGCUAAAAUGUCUGCUAAAAUUCUUAUCUUCGUGUUUAUUGCAACAUCUGUUGCAGCAGAAUUGCCUUCCUACAUUCGUGUUUGUGGCCGCAAAAAUCCUGACUAUAAUCAAUGCAUCGCGGAGAAUCUCAACAGUGUAAAAGAUAAAGUCUGUGAAGGAUUUCCGGAAUUUAAUGUUUCUCCGGGCGCACCAUUAACUGUUAAGAAAGCAGUUAUCUAUGAUACAAAAGAGCUUAAACUUUACCUCCAAGAUGUAGUAAUAACGAGAUUUUGUGAUUACGUCAUAAGCUCAGUCCACGUAGAUUCUGACCGACUCCAUUUUAGUUUUAAUGUCACAUUCAACAAUCUUACCAUAAACGCUUUGUAUAACUUUGACAUACACAUUUUGGUGCCUGUUGUUCAUGAGGGACCAGUUAACAUUCAGGCUAACGUGUCAUUACAAAUAGACAUAGACGCAAAAGUAGUAACCAAGAACAAUAAAAAAGAAAUAUAUGCUGCAAAAGUAAAAGAAAAUAUCUUUAACAUAGAUUUUGAAUAUACGUUUCUUGAAACUGGAAAGGAAUUACGACAAUUGCAUCAAGUUCUUACAAAUGUUGUAGAUAGCAGUAAAAAAGAUGUUGUUAGAACUAUUAAACCAAUAAUUGAACAGAAAUUUGCCCAAUUAGUCCUCUUAAUUUUUAACGGCAUCGCACGUUCUAAUUACGAGAAACUAUUUCCUGAAUAA